UCUAUAAAUAAGGGUUGGCCAUAUCAGACUCCAAGGAUCCCCAUCCCCCGCUCUGAACGAGUCAUGGAGCACCUCAAAGAGAAGAAUGGUUGGAAGGCUAUCCCUCAAUUUGGGGGAUGGGAUCAAAAGGCUGGAGGUGCCACUAACUAUUCCAUGGUCUUUUCACAAGCUCGUGCUAAUAGGAAGCAGAACAAGACUGAGCUGAAACGACCAGGGUAUGAAGAGGACCUCAUGGCAUACCAACGUUAUCAGCGUUAUGAAGAUGGCUCUGUGACGCCUACGCAGAAAAGAAAGAAAGUUCUGCGCUAUUGCUGUAUCGUGGCUUGAUUUUUCUACAGUCCAACGGUCACAUCAGUUCCAGUGACAUCAAGUCUAUGCUGAUUGAAGACAGGAAUCGUGUAUUCGUACUUGGUGUAAAUAAUUGGAGGUCUUGUGGAGUUUCCUAUUAAGACUUAAAACUGUUUAAUGUGAUUAUGUUUUCGAAUUUAAGUAAUAAAAUGACUAUGAUAUGAAAGAAUGGUCAAUAAUUCCAUUAAUGUUUCAAAAUAAAAA